GAUGAGCUCCUUUCUCUUUCAGACUCUCUCUCUCUCAUCCUUAAACAAGGCCCACUCUAGCUCCAGCCAACGCCUUCAUCAUGAAGAACCAGACCCAUCUACUUUACAAUUCAAACCCAAAGUACUCAAAUGGCAGCCUUUUCUUCGCCUUUUGCCAAUAUCUCCUUCCCUGAUGCUCUUGGUUCGUCUUUCGUGCGCCAACAGCCAAGAAAUUGUCUAGCUUAUUUUGGGAAAUAAAGCAACCAUCUAUAUCACCGCCUAUUUCUCUCCAAUUAUAUAUCUCAGAUGGGAGAAAACACUUCAGGAGAUUCCCCUGCAUGCCCAAAUGCAUGAAACCUUAUUAAUUAAUAAACAGAGCUUCUUAAAAGUAGCUCUUGUGGAAAUUGGAAUGGUCACUUUCACAGUACAGAGACUCAUCAUCCUUCAUCGUUGAAAAUCUUGAAACUUGAAAGUUCAAACAUAUAUGUGGUGGUGGGGUGGUGAUCAGGAUUGAUUGAGGCUGUUCCAAAAAACCCAAGUGGAGAGAAAGGGGAAGAAAAUGGUUUCUGAGGAAGAAGGAGAGCGCAAAGGGAAGAAACAGAGGAAGCAGAAUGGGAGUGAAGCAAAGAAACAGAGCAAAUUUGCCGCUGCUUCUGCUGAAGGGGUCCAAAGAGAUGGCGUCCGUGUGAAAGCACGAAGGGGUGAAGCAACUGACAGUCACAGCCUUGCUGAAAGGGCAAGAAGAGAGAAAAUCAGUGAGAGAAUGAAACUUUUGCAGUCUCUUGUUCCUGGUUGUGAUCAGAUAAAUGGCAAGGCUCAUGUACUGGAUGAGAUCAUCAAAUAUGUUCAAUUACUACAGAAUCAAGUUGAGUGCCUUGCAGCAAAGCUUGCUUUUGUGGAUGCCAUGCUAUAUGAUGACUGUGAGCUGAACCCAAGUACAAAUCCAUGUGCUUCAGAUCAGAGACUAUGUUGCUUGGAACCUCCAUUGCCAUUUGUGCUAGAGCCUCCUUGCUCCGUCCAGUUCCGGUCUUUGGCGGACGCUGCACCGCCGGGUACUUUGGCUUCCUUAUUACUCACAGAGGAUCAGAAAGCCAGCUUAAUCCCUCAGGCUCAGGAUGGUGGAAGCUUUGAGGACAUUGGAAAGCAGCCUGCUGGAUUAGACCACUCGUGCACCUUCUAA